UCUCCUUGCUGCUGUUACUCACUGGUGCCUGUGCUGUUGUAAAUAACCAGAGCUAUAUUUAAGGCCCAGUCUGUCCUCUCCAUACUGCCGCAUUAUUUAUAUCUUUCCCCUGUGAGUCAGUAGAACUCCACCCCCCCUAAGGGAGUUGUGGAGCCACACAAGUCGAUUUCAGUCUGCUUUAUGCUGUUAUUUUUGAUAGAGGCUGGUUAUCCAUAUAACAGCUUUUUGUUUUCUUUUAAUUUAAAGCAAAAGAAAUUUGACCAUGUGCUUCUGCUGAUUUGAGUGAUCACUGUUCCCUGUUUGCAUGGCGCUUUGCAGUAUAGCAGAUUUUUUUCUCGAAUACGUCCAGUGAAGCUGGCGUAAGAUAAACGUUCUUGACUGCAGGCUUUGUUUGUAUUGAAUUAGUGUACUGUUAACAGACAGUCACUGCCUGAUUGAUAAUCUCCUACAUUACAACAGGCUCCGAAUGAGCCUGAGAAUCGAGCCCUGAAACCAGUGUACUAGUUCUUAUGUUGUUGUGAAAAGAUUAGACUGUAACUAGUAACCUUUAGUUACUGACCAGUAGACAAAACAUUUUAGAAAAUGCUCUUUUAAGUGUUUAAACACUAUGCUGCAGUUAUAAUACAGGUUGCACAUUACAGUAAAUUAGUGAUUGUAAUACCUCAUCGGUCAUCCUUUGUCUUUGUCCAUGGUUUAAUAUCCCAGUGGCAGCCAGUGUGUCGGGAUGAUGUGGUGGGUUUAGGUCCACUGUGGUGUCUUUUUUUCUGUUACACACACACACACACACACACACACACGGACAUUACGUUCAGCCUCUCCUGUAACUGGACCGCAUAGGUGGGGUGGAGGGUUGUGACAGAAAUACACGUGAUGACGCCCCUGACGCUCAGCUGCACCGACUGCAAUUCACACACACACACACUCUCACACACAAACACACACUUAUAUACACAAUUGCUGCGCACACAUACACUCCUGAUUUUUCUACCUUCCCUCACUGCUAUUCGGACCAAAUCGGUUGAUUUCUUGAUUUGUUGUGAGGACAUGGCGGGCCUCCUGUGUGGGACCAAGAGGAAGCAACAAGUGAGUGAUCUCCAUGAGGAGGGAAAGAAUGCCAUCAAUGCCCCCUUGCUUCCCUCAGGCACAGACAUCCAUCCAGAAGAUACACUGCUGGAGGAAAAUGCUGAGAGGAUCAUGUUGGACCCAACAUCAAGGGAAAAUCCUAAAUUUAAAGAUCUCUUAAAGGUCCUGAUCGACUGGAUCAACAGUGAGUUGGAGGAAGAGAGGAUCAUAGUCAAGGACCUAGAGGAGGACUGUUAUGAUGGACAAGUACUCCAGAAGUUAUUUGAAAAGUUGUCAGGCAGAAAGCUGAACGUGGCGGAGGUGACGCAGUCAGAAAUUGGCCAGAAACAGAAGCUUCAGACGGUGUUAGAAGCUGUCAACGAUGUGCUGAGGCCUCAUGGCUGGACCGUUGAGUGGAGUGUAGACUCUAUCCACUCAAAGAACCUGGUGGCUAUCAUCUAUCUUUUGGUGGCUCUCGCUAUGCACUUCCAGGCCCCAAUCAGGCUGCCCGAGCACGUCUCCGUACAGGUGGUGGUGGUCAAGAAACGAGAAGGCAUCCUACAGACAGCUCUAAUGACCAAGGAGCUGACGAGCACCACAGAAAUGAUGAUGGGAAGAUUUGAGAGAGAUGCAUUUGACACUUUGUUGGAUCAUGCACCUGACAAGCUUAACGUGGUAAAAACGUCACUCAUCACCUUUGUGAACAAACACCUAAACAAGCUGAAUCUGGAAGUUACUGAGCUGGAAUCUCAGUUUGCUGAUGGAGUUUACCUGAUUUUACUGAUGGGGCUGCUGGAAGACUAUUUUGUCCCACUGUAUAACUUCUUCCUCACGCCUGAGAGUUUUGAGCAGAAGGUCCACAAUGUGGCAUUUGCCUUUGAGCUGAUGCAGGAAGGAGGCCUAAAGAAACCCAAAGCCAGACCAGAAGAUGUCGUCAACCUGAACCUGAAGUCCACCCUCAGAGUCCUUUACAAUCUAUUCACCAACUACAAAACCUCUGUAUGAGCUUUUCCUGUCUUUAACGCCUGGCAUUACUCUGAACACUGCCCUGUGCCUGCACUGAUAUUAUACAUUACAGUCUGGACACUGUAGGAGACCAACUGGGACUGAAAGUCAUCAUUAUGUGGGACUUAAAAAGCCCCAGGGGGUCUAGCCAGAAAAAAGGCUCUGAACGCUAGUAUUUAAUCUUCCCCAAAUGUCAGUAUUUAUUUUUCCCUCCUCGAAUGUUAACUGCAACCCAGGAAACUCUGCAACCUUUAGCCCUGCAUUUGAAUACAUAGCAAUCACGUGGAAAUGUUAAAACUGGAAAACGUUUGUGUGUCAUACUGAACUCAUUACGCUCCGUCGUAGAUUAUUAUAAAAAAUUAUAAAAUGCUGUAAUAUAUUAUCAAGUGUCUCAGAAUGCUUUUCAUAAAUAUGAAUGUAAUCAUUAGCUAUUUUCUUUGAAAAGAAUUUGAUGAGUAUAUCGGAAAUUUUCGUGUCCAUAAAAGCCAGAAAAAUUACACAUUUUCUGUUUAACCUUCACAAAAAAAGUUUUAUGUAGAAAGUUUGGUCUGUGAGGUUUAGGAGAAAGGUUUCAAGUUGACAACAUAUUGUCAUUUAAGGCUAAAUAUAGAACACCCUAUAAUAAAAUACACCGAAACUGAGAAAAUUACCUAAAAAUGAAGAAAAUACAUCCAUGGUGCCUUUGAAUAACCUUUAUAUAAUCCAUUAUUUGUUCUUGUAUAAAGUACAAAUAAAAAUUUGUCAUUAAACAAUACAGCAUACUGUAAUUAUAUAUAAAUUAUAUUUUGUUUUGAAUAUUUGCAGUCUGUAGAUGAUAAAACUUUACAAUUAAAUAGCUCAAAUUGUUUGAAUCCA